AAUCUUUUGCGUUUCUCCCAACCACCUUUAUUUCUUAAACCCUAAAACCUCUCUCUCCCCCUCUCGCUCUCGCUCUAAGAAAAGAGGGGGCAUCGGAUAUUUGGAGCCCGGUUUUUUCAAUGGCCACUCUCCAGCUCACAAACCCCAAUGAGUUCAUCUCAUCCUCCUCUUCCUCCAUUUCUACUGGGUUCUCCCACAAGGCACUCUCUUCAGCUGCUCCUGGGAAGUGCCUUUCCUCUAAAAAUACGCGGGGGAGUCUUUGGAAACGACGCCGUUUUGGUGUGUGCUGUUCGUUUGCGCCCAUGGAAUCGGCUAAGAUUAAGGUUGUGGGUGUCGGUGGUGGGGGCAACAAUGCCGUUAAUCGGAUGAUUGGAAGCGGAUUACAGGGUGUUGAUUUCUAUGCAAUAAAUACAGAUUCUCAAGCUCUAUUACACUCUGCGGCUUCGAACCCUCUCCAAAUUGGAGAACUUUUGACUCGUGGACUAGGUACGGGUGGGAAUCCACUUUUGGGGGAACAGGCUGCUGAGGAAUCAAAGGAAGCCAUUGCAAAUUCUCUCAAGGGUUCAGAUCUUGUGUUUAUAACAGCAGGUAUGGGUGGGGGCACAGGUUCUGGGGCUGCCCCAGUUGUUGCCCAAAUAUCUAAGGAAGCGGGUUAUUUGACUGUUGGGGUGGUCACCUACCCUUUCAGCUUUGAAGGACGUAAAAGAUCACUGCAGGCAUUGGAGGCUAUUGAAAAGUUGCAAAAGAAUGUUGAUACACUAAUAGUAAUUCCCAAUGAUCGCCUGCUGGAUAUUGCCGAUGAACAGACACCUCUUCAGGAUGCUUUCCUGCUUGCUGAUGAUGUUUUGCGCCAAGGGGUGCAAGGGAUUUCAGACAUAAUUACAAUACCCGGGCUGGUAAAUGUUGAUUUUGCAGAUGUAAAGGCAGUCAUGAAGGACUCUGGAACUGCAAUGCUUGGAGUGGGGGUUUCUUCCAGCAAAAACCGUGCAGAAGAAGCAGCCGAACAGGCAACUUUGGCUCCUCUAAUUGGAUCCUCUAUCCAAUCUGCUACAGGUGUUGUCUACAAUAUUACUGGGGGAAAGGACAUAACCUUGCAAGAAGUUAAUAGAGUGUCUCAGGUUGUUACAAGUCUGGCCGAUCCUUCAGCUAACAUAAUAUUUGGAGCUGUUGUGGACGACCGCUACAAUGGGGAGAUUCAUGUGACUAUAAUUGCAACAGGGUUCUCCCAGUCUUUCCAGAAGAUACUUCUGACAGACCCCAAGGCAGCAAAGCUAGUGGACAGAGUAGCAGAGGGUCAAGAAAACAAAGGACUACCCAUCCCCCUCAAAUCCUCUAACUCACCUCCCCCUGUUCCAUCUCGGUUGCCUUCUAGAAAGCUCUUCUUUUAACCUUUUCCCCCUUUUUCUCAAGUACCAUGUGAUCGUGUAAUGAUCUUGAUGCUCAUCUGCAUUAGAUGCCAUUUCCUUUGUGGUUUGUAGCAUUUGCUUCUCUUAUUUGUCUUUUGUAGUAUUCAUGACUGGUUGCUUA